AGUCGUUUCUUUUAUGCCGAAGCGGCUGUAGUCGUAAUGUUAAUAGCAAGCGGCUUCUUACUGUUUCAGUUUCUUUCAUACGGUUUGGGAGUUCCACCCUUGGUCAGAAUUGGAGCUAUAUUUUCAAACCAGCCUGGAAUGUAUAACUCGGAGUUAGCGUUUAGAUACGCUAUUCAUAGACUUAAUAUGGACAAAAGCCUUUUGCCUGAGACUACCGUUGAUUACUAUGUUGAAUACGUAAACCGAUUUGACUCUUUCGAGACAGUUCAAAAAGUGUGCAAACUUAUACGAGUUGGUGUUCAAGCUGUUUUUAGUCCAACUGACUCUGUUUUGGCGACCCAUAUAAAUUCAAUUUGCGACGCACUGGACAUCCCAAACAUAGGCCGGUCUGCCCAUGACUUUUCUAUUAACGUCUAUCCAUCGAAGCAACUUGUAAAUUAUGCCUUUAACGAUGUAAUACAGUAUUUAAAUUGGACACGCUUUGGGAUAUUGCAUGAAAAAGAAAAUGGAAUCAUAAACUUGCAUCAGCUAUCCCGGUCAUUUCACGGAGAAGUUCAUAUGCGACAAGUUUCUCGGGAUUCAUAUGUAUCCGCAUUGAACGAAUUUAAAGGAAAGGAAAUACAUAAUAUUAUUAUUGAUACAAACUCGAACGGUAUUUCCAUAUUGUUGAAAAAUAUAUUGCAGCAACAAAUGAAUGAAUACAAGUACCAUUACUUGUUUACAAGCUUCGAUUUGGAAACUUAUGAUCUGGAAGACUUUAAAUAUAAUUUCGUGAACAUUACAUCGUUUCGAUUGGUCGACACUGCGGAUGUUGGGGUAAAGCAAAUCUUGAAGGAUAUCGGAUUGUAUAGUCACCAUAUAUUUAAAAAACCUUAUUUGAAUCUACAUAUUAAAAAAUCAACCAUUCUUGAGUCAGAGCCAGCCCUAAUGUUCGAUUCGGUGUACGUUUUCGCGAUUGGAUUGCAGACACUGGAACAAUCACACUCUUUAACCCUUUUAAAUAUAAGCUGCGAGGAGGAAAACUCGUGGGACGGGGGCCUUAGUCUUAUUAACUACUUAAAUGCGGUUGAAUGGAAAGGUCUGACAGGUCCGAUUCAGUUUAAAGAUGGCCAGCGGGUCCAGUUCAAGUUGGACUUAAUUAAAUUAAAGCAACAUUCCAUUGUAAAAGUCGGGGAAUGGACUCCUCAUGGGCAUCUGAAUAUAACUGAACCAUCAAUGUUUUUCGAUGCUGGGUCCAUGAAUGUGACACUUGUAGUGAUAACAAUUCUGGAAACACCAUAUGUAAUGAUGCAUUAUGGGAAGAAUUUUACGGGAAACGAACGAUUUUAUGGUUUUUGCGUAGAUAUAUUGGAAACCAUUUCUCGGGAAGUUGGGUUUGAUUACAUACUGGAUCUGGUACCGGAUAGAAAGUAUGGGGCCAAGGACCCCGAAACUGGGGAAUGGAACGGAAUGGUCGCUCAGCUGAUGAAAUAUAAGGCGGACCUGGCAGUUGGAUCUAUGACUAUAACGUAUGCAAGAGAAAGCGUCAUUGAUUUUACCAAACCAUUUAUGAACUUGGGGAUAAGUAUUUUAUUUAAGGUCCCAACAUCAGAGCCAACGAGACUUUUUUCAUUUAUGAAUCCAUUAGCGAUAGAGAUUUGGAUAUAUGUGCUAAUUGCAUAUUUUCUUGUGUCUCUCUGCAUAUAUAUUGUUGGAAAACUUUCGCCUAUCGAGUGGAAGUGCAUUAACGCCUGCGAUCUAGAAAAUAUUUCUAUUGGCAACCAGUUCUCCCUAACUGACAGUUUUUGGUUUACCAUAGGGACUUUUAUGCAACAGUCACCUGAUAUUUAUCCACGAGCAAUGUCGACUCGAAUAAUAAGCAGUACUUGGGGUUUUUUUUCACUUAUUAUUGUCGCAUCCUACACCGCAAAUCUAGCAGCUUUUUUGACAACGGAGCGCAUGAUUAAUCCUAUCGAGAACGCAGAGGAUUUGGCUUCUCAAACUGAGAUUUCUUAUGGCACUCUAGAUAGCGGAUCUACAAUGACAUUUUUUCGGGUAUGCAACUAGUAAAGUGGCAAAUCUUCUUUGAUAAGUAAAUACAUUCAUUAAGUAGGACUCAGUGAUAGAAACUUACAAAAAAAUUUGGAGAAGCAUGGAUAACAAAAAACCAUCUGCAUUUACCACUACUUAUGAGGAUGGUAUUAAGCGAGUAAAUCAGGGUAAUUAUGCGUUUUUGAUGGAAUCCACAAUGCUUGAUUACAUCGUUCAGAGGGAUUGCAAUUUGACGCAAAUCGGAGGACUUUUAGAUACAAAAGGUUAUGGUAUCGCUACACCAAAAGGUUCGCCUUGGCGAGAUAAAAUUUCAUUGGCUAUACUUGAGCUUCAAGAAAGGGGUGACAUUCAAAUGUUGUAUGAUAAGUGGUGGAAAAACACUGAUGAAACAUGUACUCGCAAAAACACAAGCAAGCAAUCUAAAGCAAAUUCACUUGGUCUGGAGAGCAUAGGCGGCGUAUUUGUAGUGCUAAUAGCUGGAAUUAUUGUGGCUGCAGUUGUUGCGUUCUUCGAAUUUUGGUAUAACUUUCGAUACAACUAUGAAGCUACACCAUCUCAAUCAGUCGUUAACAAUAAAUACAAUCAAGAUGGGAUCCUCGAAAGCGAAAGAAACUAUACCCCACCUGACCGUUCAUUUUGGAUCGAAAUUGCUGAGGAACUCCGCUACGCAUCUUGGUGUAUGAACAAGCAAAAGAGGCCUGCACUAACUCGCACAUGUAGCAAAUGUACCAUCCCGAAAGGCCAACGAAUUAAUAAACUAUGAAGGCGUAAUGCUUCUUAGUAUUGAUGCUUUUUUUUCGAUUCGAUCUAUGUUUUAUAAGUUCUAGUUUUUAAAAAGAUUCAAGGAUUUAAGAAAUUAAUUCUAAUAAAUUACAUACAUAUACUUGGAAAUUAUAAAUUUAUAAAGAAAGCUAAAAAUAUAUAAACACAAUUACAAAAU